AUGCUCACAGUCGUAGAAAUGACUUCAGUAGCGCUAUCAGCAGAACAACAAAAACUCAUAGAAAAAAUCUCCAAAGAAAAUGGUUUCACGGACUAUGAAGUCAAAGCCAUAUCGGGCAGUGCGAAAGGUGACAACUACUUAGGAGUAAUCACUUCGGUUACAAUCGAGGAUGGUAACAAUAAAUUGGAGCUCAUACUGAAAUCAGCUCAUGUGGGGGAGAUCAGGAACCAGAUGCCAAUACACAAAGCCUACAUGCGCGAAAUAUUCGUUUACGAGCAAGUCUUCGCGAAGUUCAAGAAGUUCCAAGAGGAGUACCGCAUAUCCGAACCUUUCCAGAGUUACCCUAAGCUCUAUGGCACCUGUGAUACCGAAUCCAGCGAGUGCUUGGUCAUGGAGAACCUGCGAGAAAGCGGUUACAAACUGUGGAACAGAAAGCUACCCAUGAACCCAGAACACUUAACCGCAGUUAUGAAAGAGUACGCCAAACUACACGCAGUUUCCUUGGCUAUGAAGGAGAAGCAGCCGGAAGCGUUCAAAGAGCUGACCAAGGAUAUGGGAAAGCAUACCUUCGUGGAUGAUAUUGAAGAUAGGGGGAAAGCUGCUGCAUAUGUGAGUUCUGUGAUGGGCAAUAUUUGGGGAGCUUUCGAACAUGAUCCUGUGACUACUGAAGUUCUGAAGGGGUUCGAGAAACGUCUGCCUGACAUGUUCACGGAACUGACCACAUUGUCUGAUGAACCUGUGGUGAUCGAUCAUGGAGAUUGUUGGUGCAAUAAUUUAUUGUUCAGUUACAAGGUGAGAAAGAAUUUGUCGUUGUGCAUGGUUUUCUAUGCAUAG